AUGUCUCCACAAGACAACGUCAAUGACCAAAGAAGUGAAUUCACAUCUUCCGCCACAGGCUCCACUGCCGCCUCGACCAGUGCUGCGACCCCCCCAUCCCAGCAAGCAGCUUCUCUAGCCCAGAUUAUUUCCCGCGAAGCUGCCACCAUCGAAUUGACCCACCCCACAGCUUCCCACCAGGAAAAAUCCAACAUAUUGAGGGACAUGAUGGGGGAUAUCUUCAAGGAGGCGGGUAUCGAGGGAAGCUUCAUGAUGGUUACGCGUGUGAAAACGGGUACGGAGAGUAUGGGGGAUCGGGGUGCGCGACGGACCGAGGGGGGUGAAGAGGCGGCGUCUGCGUGGGCGCAGUCGGAUACUUGGACAGGAGGUGGAGCUGUCAGAGCCCGCGUGAGCGCCUUUAAUCCGUCUACCCGCCCUGUUGUGGUGGAGGAGGCAGAGGACGGAGAAUCCGAGGAGGGGAAGAAGAACGAAGGGAGCUGA